AUGAGUCAGGCUGAUGAAGGAAGUGCCACUGACUCAGAGCUGGCAACUGAGAAUGAGUCACCUGCCUCUGCACUGAUUGCAGCAGAUCCUAGCCAGGAGGAGGGACCCACUGACCUAACAGCAAGUCCUGCCUUUCAGUGUUUAGAUGAGCUAUUUUCUGCUGGAAAAAUCACAGACACCAGAGUAGCUGAGCUGAAGGAACAGUACACCCUGCUGCAUGAGGCUGUGUUAAGUUUACAGGAAUCUGAGACGCAGCUGUCGCAGGAAGCCGAACGCCUGAGUGCAGAACUGGAACAGCAGUGUGAACUGGAAAAAGCAGAACAGCUCCCUGAAGAAGCUUCCAGUGAAGGUUUCCAAAUAAGGCAACAAAUUUUCAGCUGCCGAAGCGAAUACAGUGCUACUAAAGGAAGAGUGUAUGAAAAUCGGUUGAAGAUAGAAUGUUUGCGAGAAGAAAAAAAGCUUCUGGAAAAUGAAUAUGAAAAAAUGUCAAAAGAAAAGGCUGAACUAGUUAGGCUCCUUGGUGUUCCAAAGCAACUUGCAAAAGAAACUGAGAAGUUGAAUCAGAAAAAAAUUGAUGCAGAGAAGAAGAAUGAAGCCCUUAAUGACCAAAUAGAAGAAUUGAAUAGAACACUGAAAGCCACUGAAAAAAGGACUGGAGAGAUUUUGCAAGAAAAAAAAGAUGUAAUGAAGGAAAUGGAUGAGAGACAAACUUUGAUGCAAAAGAAUGAACGAGAAUGCAUGAAUUUGACAAAAUUACUAGAAAUUAACGCAGAGAAGGAAUUAGCCAUCCUAUCAGACAGACAAAUUCUGGAAAAUAAUUUAAAUAAAUGUGUCUUGGAGCACAAAAAUCAGCAAGAUAUUCUCAGUCACCAUCAAACACAGAAAGAUAAGGAACUGAAAAGUUUAAAAAAGAUAGAGUUACAGCUGAAAGAGAUUUGGGAUUCCUUGGAAGGAGAUAAGGCAAAGCAUAAAAGACUCAAAUCAGAGGCAGAAAUUAACUCAAAAAACAAUGCAGUAUUAUUAGAAAGACGACAAGAACUGCAAGAGGAGAUUGAAACGCUCAAAAGAGGUUUAGCUGAACAGGAAAUGAUAUCAGAUAUGGAUGCCCGCGUGUUAGAAGAAUGCAUUGCUGCAGAACAAUUGCUUUUCAAGGAGCAGGAAAAAAGCAGAAAUGAGUUAUCCACACUUACACGUCUGACUUGGCUCAGAGCUGAUGAGAAGCAACUGAAAUGCAGGGAUGUUCAGAAAACCAAGAUUCAACUCCAAAGUCUUGUUAAAGAACUAAAAAGACUGGAUCGUGAACUAGUCAUCUGUAAAAAGAUGCAAAGAGAAAACCAAAAAGAACUCCAAGGAUUUACUAGGAUGUAUGAUCUUAUACUAAUUGAAAAGGAUAAAUGUAUAGAUUUGAUGCGUAUUGCUCAGUGGAAAGCAAAAGAAGUUGAAAACCGGGUAAAACUGCUACAAAAUAAUAUAGAAAAUUUAAGAGAUUCUGUUAUGACCAGAGAAAGAAAAUUGCAGGAGGACUAUCUGAAGGUUAAAAAGAAUGAGAGAAUGAAAGAGUUGAUCCAAAAGGAUUAUGAAAAAGUUGAACAAGAGAUGCUAGAGAGUAAAGAAAAGGAAAAGUAUUUGAAUGUUGACAGACUUACCGCUGCAGCCACAGGCAUUCAAAAGGAAAUUUCACAGCUACGCAAAAAUUAUGAAAGGGCUAUUGAACAACGAAAUGAGAGUGGUCUUUUGCUCAGAGAACGAGAAGAAGAACUAGGCUUUUUGUAUGAAAAAAUAAACAGGCAAGAGGUGUUGUGUAGGAAUGGAGAUACUAAGAUGCAAGUUAUGGAUGAAAAGAUCAGCUUUCUGAAGCUGAAGUUAGUUGAAAAAAAAAGAGAGGUUAAAUUGUGUUUUAAAGAGCUCACACUGAAGAAUGCCCUGGAUGCACAUCUGGUGAAACUUCGGAUACAGUAUUCCCAGUGCAGAGACAAGAUUAAAAAGCUGGAGGAAAACUAUGGUGAUGCCACAAAUGAGAGCAGAAAGCAAGAAAUGGGAGGGAAGGACCCAUCUCCACCUGAGCUGCUAAAAAGGAUUGAAAAGAUAGAGGCAGAGCUGGUGCAGAAGGAGCAGAGGCUGCUGAAGAUAGAUUUCCUCUGCGAGAACAUUUCCGACCUGACGGACAGAAUGCGCACUGUGGUGGAGAACGGCAAGCAGGACAUGCUGCUGUUCGCCAGGAGGACCAACGAUCUGCAGAGGAAGAUAAAUCACAAAACCCAGGAGAUAAGGGCUCUUUUUGCAGAGUUAUCCAUGAAGCAAGCACUUGCCCUUAAACUCCGGCAGGAAAUCAGAGACAAAGAACAAUUUGUGAUGACUGCUUCAUUUAUGAUAAGUCAAGGUCUUCCCCCUCCUAAAGCAGAAAAGGACCAGUGGAAGAUCCUAGACAAUGAGAAGAUACAAAAAGCAGCAGAUGAAGACAGAGCUAAAGAGCCUGAAGAGGAGAAACAAGCUGCACUGCCCAGCUACGACCCCAUUUUUCCCAAAGAGGAGGAGGAGGAGGAGGAGGGACUCCCACUGCUGCAGCCUCACAUGGCUCCCUCCAGACCAAGUGAGCCCCGCCCGAGUGCAAGACAUUUCAAAAAGCCUCCUGCCAAGCCAUCUGAAAUCUGA